AUGUCUGGAGCCACCUUUCUACUGUUAGUACUUUUGACUUUUGCUUUGCGGGCGCUAGGAUCAGAGCUCAACUCUACUAGCUCGAUCCCCCUGUCCAUCCUGUCUUGGCGUCUUGUUGACUUCACAGAAGUUCCGGAUAAUCGGACGGGAAUUCUUCAAGUAACAUUCAAAAGUGAGGGCUCCCGUAACAAGCGGUAUUUCAAGAGCAAAGGAUAUGUUUCGCUUACUUUCUCCUUCUCCACACGGAACUCGCAUGCCAGUCACCCACCUCACAUCUUCUCCUAUGCGGGUCUCUCAGUGCUUGUGGACUUUACGGUGACGAGGCUGAUUGACGAAUAUGCCAGUGCACCCCUCUCCCUGCAAGCGGCCUUCUUCGCCGCCAAUGAGAGCUUGGCUGGAGGGGAGGAAUUUCGGGCUUCGAGGGUCACCACCAUCAAUGAUGAACUCACUCCCGGUGUCUUUGAGGUAGGGCCUUUCUCCUUGAUUGUUCUCUCUCACCAACGCAGUUCCGAUUUUUCGGUUCUUGCUUCAUGCGGUAACCCUUUUAGGUCGACUAUGCGCCUUAUCGUGGGGGGGGGGAAGAAAGGGUGUGGCUAA